AAUUUAAAGCCGCUAAAGCCCGCAACGACGACUAGUGCACCCACCCGCCAUCGCUUUCCUUCCGCUCACCUUCUCCUCUCAGAGCCCUCCCCCAGGUUGUGGCUCGACGACGCCGUUCUUACCCAACCAGCUCCCCCUCCUCCUCCUCCUCCUCCUCCUCUCUCUCUCUCUCUCUCUCUCUCUCUCUCUCUCUCUCUCUCUCUCUCUCUCUCUCUCUCUCUCUCUCUCUCUACAGAAACAACUUGGCCAUGAAGCGGCGGCCGGAGUUCAGCUUCACGGGCUCGCAGGCGCGGGGAGCGGAGCGGGCGCCGGCGCUGCCGCCGCGGGCCGAGGAGGAGGAAAUCCGGUGGCUGCAGGCCUCGCAGCAGGGCUCGCCUGACUGCGGCUCCGGCGGAUCGGGCACGCCGUCGCCGCAGAUGUGGUCGCACCACGAGCACCACAACCGGCUCUACCAAGCCAACGCAUGCAGCUCGCCGUCGCGGGCGCAGGCGAUCGCGGGGUACCGCCGCGAGAUGCUCGACCUCGUCCGUGGCCUCCCGGAGUCCGCCUACGAGCUCUCCCUCCGCGACAUCGUCGAGUCCCCCUGCCCGCCUCUCCCUCUUCCUCCACCGUGGUCCAACACCACCGGACGCACCGACGCCGCCGCGCAGGGGAACGACGAGCCCGCCGACACCAAGAAGGACGCCGCAGGGGGCACGGCGGACGUCGAGGAGCGCAAGAAGCAGAGCAUCCCCAAGAAACAGGGGAGGAAGCAGAGGAUGAUGCGGAAACAGCGAAGCCGGAGCCUGGAGCGGAGCGUGAGCCUGGACACCGGCCUGCUAAUCAAGCUCUUCCUCCCGCUCUCUGUCGGCGGCAAGAAGAAGAAGGUCUCGCCCAAGCCUACCGCCGCCGCCAAGGACGCCAAGAAGAAGGAGAAGAAGAAGCAGGGGAAGCAGAAGGAUGAGGCGCAAGAGGAGUGCUGGACGAAGAGCGAGUUCAGCGAGGCGGGGAGCAGCAGCCGGACGAGCAGCACCGGCAGCAGCAGCAACAGCAGCAGCAGCAGCAUCAGAAAUGGAAAUGGCAGCAGCAAUCCAAGAGCGCCAACAAGGAGUAGGAGCAGGAAGAGAACUGGGUGCUAUGCUUUCUUCAGGGCAAACAAAAGCAAAAAUGGAGUUACCCAAGACUAGGAUCCUGACAGGGCCACCAUGCACAUGGAAAAUGCUUCUUCUCGUGAUCCGUUCAUGAAAAAUAUUGUCAUUUUCACACACCAAAACCAUGCAAGCACGGACUUGCAUACCAAAUUGAAGUAAGGCUCAUGCAAUGGCUCGGUAUAUCUACACUCAAAUAGUUUCAUCAUGGCCAUAUGGAAACUAAGGACUUGUAUGUUCCUCAUUUGUUGGCCUUCCCUUCUCUAUGGCAUGUGACCUUCAUGGUCUACAAAAGUGGACAUGUAAUAUAAUCUACAACAGUAUCACUAGUUCACACAUCAUAGAGAGAUUAGCGUUGACAAAACACAAGUGCACAAAUGAAGGAAUUUGUUUCCAAAAUGUUCUGUACUUUGUUGAAACAGUCACAUUUGACAUCUCUUGUACUAUCUUCUGCUUGUACACAUGUAGAUAAUAUCUUUGGCUUAAAAUUAAAAACUUCCACAGCUAAUGUACACUUUUUGUUAGUAGUUGUCAAUAGAAAACAGAGGUUGUGGAUGA